AUGACUGACCAGAUCGAUACUAAUAACAACUAUCCGCUCUACUCGGAAGACCAUCCCAAGUAUGGCAGCACAAGGAAUGCGGUGCCUACAAUUCAGGUGCCGGAGGAGGCACACACCAACGCCGCACCUCCAGGACUAGGCUUGGACAACUUUGCAUCUGACAUUGCCGGAAAAUAUCAUGCUCAGCGUAAUUUACGCAAGACUUCCAGGGCCGGACCCGACUUCAGAGAGUUCUUGAACAGACGCAACCAGCGGCAGGACUCACAGGCUACACUGAUAGACUUCGCCCGUCAGCCAUCAAGGACAAAUGAGGGCAAGUUCCGACUACAAGUUGUCCCCGAUGACCCAAAUUCAAUCAGACCUGGGUCAUCACGUCGUGGGUCAGCGAACUCACGACCUGGAAGUUCAAAUGGUCCAACCGAUUUGUCAAGUCGCCCAACAACACCUAUCAAACCAGGUCUCGAGAAAGGUUCACCCCGUCUUGGUGGAGGUGAAUGGGGCGCAUUCAACUGGAGACCGGAUAUCAACCCUAUUCAACCCACACAUGCAAAACUUCAAAGAUUGGACUCCGAUGCGACCCUCGUGGAUACUGGAUCAUGGAGGCGAGGCUCGCGUCAAGGAUCUCGCUCAGGAUCCCUGACGGAAGACCCUUUCAGAAGAAAAUCGGACUUGAUCGGUUUAGAGGCACUUCAUCAAGUUAGGUCACGACAACCAUCAUUNUUCCAGCCGAUCAUUGAGAUCGAUCCAGUGGUUGAAAAGGACCGCGGAUUGUUGAUUGGAGGUGUGAAACCUCUAGAUCCCGAUCUUGAUCAAGAGAAGGACAACAAGACCACUGAACCCGAGCUGGCAGUUGCGGAACCGCAAACUAUCACUCAGGAGCCAAAGAGUACACACCAAGAGCAUAUCGUUCCCACGAUGCAAGAAACCUUUGUUACCACGACAUAUCCUGAAAUCGCAGACCCGGUCGAUCCAUGCCGCAACCUGACUCGAAUGGAUUUGAUCAAACAGCGUGUGGUGUUCAGCAGCAACAUCUUCGCUAUCAAUCUUGCCAUGCUGGUGUUUGCACUCUGGGCUCCCAAGACUAUCUCUGGACGCUGGGUACUAUCGUUCAUUGUCUUCAUCAAGUCCAAGGAUUGUAUUUCCUCCCUUAUCGGUCUUGCAUAUCUGAUCUAUAAGGCGAUCAAGGACUACUUUGUGCCGCCACCACCAGUCGAGUCGAAAUGGAUUUUGUCCUUGAUCCCUGCAUAUUCGGAGUCGGAAGAGAUGAUCAAGAACUGUGUCUUCUCGUUAAGGGACAACGAUGCAAAGCCCCACAAGCAAGUCAUGUGCAUUAUUAUAGAUGGCAAACCCAGAGACGUCAAGCAGUACAUGCGCAUCACAACCACUUUCAAGCGUCAAUACGUCACAUCGCGAUUCAAGCGCAAUGAAGUGGUGAUCACAGCUGGGUUCAUGGAAGAUGUGCCAGUCAUCGUUUUCGAAAAGGUCAAGAACGCCGGCAAGAAGGAUUCGCUCAUCUUGUGUCAUGAUCUUUUCAAUGUCAUGAGAGAGGACGCGCCUCUCUACACAAGGUUACUACGAAAGGAGAUUGAGAAGAAUGUGUUGCCGACACUCGUUGGCGAGGACUUUCCUGGUUUCGAUAUGGUAUUUUGUACAGACGCCGACUCAGUCAUUCACAAAGGUGCUGUUGCAGGUCUGGCCAAUGCACUCGUUCGAGACUCCAAGGCCAUCGCUUCUUGUGGCUUAGUACUAGUCGAGCUCGAAGCUGGUGCGGAAUGGUCUUACUGGAACCUGUACCAGCAAUUCCAAUACAAUUUUGGCCAAUUCGUUCGCCGACAAGCCGAGAGUGUAUGGGGCAAAGUCACCUGUCUUCCUGGUUGCAUCACAAUGGUCGCAGUACGACCAGAGAUGGCAGGAGCAAUUACUAGAUACGCAGCUCCCAUCACUGCUUACCCUGUACUCUUGCACCAAGUUCAGUAUCUUGGCACCGACCGCAGACUAACAUACUCAAUGCUUUCACAAAGCAAAGACUUGCACACACUGUUUGUGCCAGAUGCCGUCAGUGAGACUGUGGCUCCGCAAUCACUUAAACACUACCUAAGUCAGCGAAGACGAUGGGGCAGUAACGCAUAUUUCAACAACUACUUUUACUUCGCUGGCGAGAAUAUGAUCUGGAUCACGCGACUGUGGGCGUGCAUCGAAGUGACCAGACUCAGCCUGGUAUAUUACCGUGUGGCCAACACGAUUCUCUUCAUCUAUGGGCUCAUCAGCGAAUUCAACCUCAUGUCCAUCAUUCCACUACUGAUUGUUUCGCAACUGCCGACAAUCUGGUUUCUCAUCAACACAGCGACCAACAAGCAGCUCCGCCAGCGAGCUCACAAGAUCUUAUUGGGUCUGUGCAUCAACAAAGUCAUGGCGCCCAUCAUGUCUGUUGCCGUCUUCACCAUUGUCGUCAAGAACCUGGGCUCGCAAGCAUGGGGACUGACCCAUGGCGCAACCACCGCAACACCAGCGGCAGCUGUGGAAGUGGCCGAGAAAGAAAAGGCGCAGACACAGCAAGGACUACUCGAAAGCCUUGAACCUCGUAACGGCUCGGUCAUGUCUAUCAUCACCGAGGAAUCGAGCAUUGGCACAAACUCACCAAAGCCCAGCUCGAUAGCCAGUCGAGACAGAGAAGGUGAAUCCGAGGUCAACGAGAUUGACGAAGACGAUCCAAGGGAGAAGAUUGUAGGCCUUCUCGCAGCAGGACUGUGA